AUAGCAUGACGUAUUUACCACUAUAACAAAGCAGCCGCUGGCUGAAAUAUUCACAGAAAACAAUAUGGUGGACCAAGUGGAUGACUUUUUCCAACAAAGAUGUCUUUCAAAAGAAUUGGCGAUGAUCCUACAGCUCUAAGAGUGCAAAAGAAACAGAGAGUAACUGAGCUUUUGUUAGAAGAUAUUCCUGAAGAUGAAGCCACACUUUUGAAGAAUGGAAGGUUUGCCUGUCUUGUAUGUAAACAUUGUCCUGUUUUUGACACUGUGGCAGUAUUAAGUAUUCACCGACAAGGAAAGAAACACUUAUCAAAUGCCAAGGUGAGACUAGAGAAGUUAAGGGAAGAUGCUGAAUUGCGACAAAAAAGAGAACACAUGAAGUACAUGGAGACCCUUACAGCUGAUCCCAGUGAAGAAGCAGCACCACUACUGAAGAUCACACAACAGAAAAAAGAGCUUGCCCUUCAAGGCUCAACGGAGUUGAUUUUUAAACAGGAUCCAGAGGAAGAAAGAAAACCAAACAAUGUGCCUUUCUUUCAGUCUAGGAAACCUGUUGACCUAAAUAUAAAGGAUACCACAACAACUAGCUUAGAAAGAACAGAAUCAAAGAAAACCUCAUCACGUUCAGUGAGGGGCACACCAACAGCUGAGACUCAACUCCUCACAAAGCCUCUGAAGAAUGAUCAACCUGUGAAAUCUUCAAGUGCAAAAUCUAGUUUAAGUAGUCAGAAAAAGGCAGAGUUAAGUCCUAGUGAACAGGCUAGGAGAGCGCAUUUUUCUCGCCUGCGACAAGCUGGAUGGAUCAUGGGUUUGGAUGGAAAGUGGCAUAAGGACGAGGAUGCCGAGUUUGAUUCCGAUGAAGAUGAACCACCUCCACCACCAUAAGCUGAGAUGAACAACAUUGUACAUUGACCAAGAGUAAUUACUGUGAACUAUAAGGUCAUCAAAUAUAAUUAUCUUCUAACAGUAAGAAGACAACUGCAAGAGAUUAGAGGAAGGGGGAAGGCAGAAAUUAUCGCCCUGUCUGACCUCUCUACCAGGGCUGUUAUGAAGGGUGGUAACCCAUAAGACCUGUUACACUGCAUAUGCUUUAAAGACCCUUGAUACAAUUCACCCAUAAAGCAACGAGUUUGUUGAGGGUGUGAAGAUCAAGGCUACAGGUGAAUCAAAACUUGAAGACAGCCCUCUCUACCAUGUGAAUGAAUCUUGAUUUUAUUUCAGUCUUUUAUUUUGAGUAGUAACAAUGUAAGUUGUUACUUACAGAUCUGUAUCAAGCAUUAGAUGUACAAAUACACAGUCAGAUGUAUUCCUAGAGGAACCAUGAAAAAGGAAUUCUUAUGAAUGAGUUGUUUAGUAUAGGUCACAAUUAAAAUAUCACACAUACAUGUUCACUGUAAACUCCAUUUAACGGGUUCAUUGAAUUUUAAAGAGUGUUGUACCCUUGAUAAUUUAUGUGAACCUUACUUAACAACUGAUAAAUGUACUAUGAAUGUGGUACAGAAGUAAAGCUCUGUUAUGUAAAAUCUCAAGUGCUUCUAAUAAACUUGAUUCUGUA